GUGAAGCAAAGUUCAGAAAGAGAGAAAAAAAAAACAAUGGAGAUCACAAGGCAUGAUGAAGAUGAAGUAUACGAGGCAUCACGGACUGGGGAUGUGGAAUACUUAAACAGAUUGAUUGAAAAAGACCCAGAAAUUCCAAGGAGAAUAUCCCUGCAGACCGGAAAAACCGGAACCCCCUUGCAUGUUUCGGCUUUGCUCGGCCACGCUGAGUUUACCAAAUCCCUUUGCACUAAAAAUCCCAAACUUGCAGAGCGAGUGGACGCCGAUGGACGCACGCCCCUGCAUUUGGCUUCUGCUGAGGGCCAGAAGGAGACUGUCGAAGCUUUGUUAUCAGUGUAUGCUAAUGCGUGCUUGCGUUGCGAUGAAAAGGGAAGAAUCCCUCUUCACUAUGCAGCCAUGAAUGGAGAAGUUGAGGUGCUUCAGAAGUUGAUUGAUAAAAAUCCUGAGUCCAUUUAUGUCAAAGUUGAAAACAGAUCAAAUGAAACAGUUUUGCACUUGUGUAUUAUACACAACCAGUUAAAGUGCUUGAAAUUGUUGGUUGAAAGACUGUUGGUUGAAAGAGACAACAGAAAUGAUGAGUUCCUCAACUCAAAAGCUGGCUGUGAUGGUGGUGUGACCAUCCUGCGCUUAGCUUUGAUGCUAAGGCAAAUUAAGAUUAUACGUUACCUGCUUUCCGUUGAUGCUAUAAGAGCAGAAGCAACUGGUGUGAAUGGGAUGUCUCAGACCAUGUUAGAUAUCAUAGAGUACAGCAGCGUUGCAAGAGAGGACUUUAGCAGAAGCUUAGAAAUUCCACAGAUUUUGAUGGACGCAGGAUUAAUCAGAAGAGAAAAUAAUGAAAAUGAUAAUCCAGGAAGGGUAAAGAAGAAAAAGAAGCUUCACAAACGAGUAGCAUCAUCGGAAAAUGGAUCAACGCCAGCAAGGAGGUGCUGGAUAAAAUUUAUGAAAUGCUUGAGAUAUCCGAGUAAUUGGGUGGUCGAGACACGUGGCAUGCUGAUGGUUGUGGCUACGAUGAUCUCGACCAUGACUUUUCAAGCCAUAGUCAACCCACCAGGUGGUGUUUGGGAAACCAAUAAUACAAACACUACCAUUUAUAACAGAACAAUUUGCAGUGAAGAGAGAACAUGCAUAGCUGGAACUGCAGUGUUAGGCUCCAUUUGGGGAGAAGACUUCGUCGCUUUCGUAAAUUACAAUACCAUCUCGUUCCUUGCUUCUUUGAGUGUCACCCUUUUGCUCGUUAGUGGAUUUCCUCUCCACAAUCGAUUGUGCAUGUGGCUCUUAUCGAUGUCCAUGUGCAUCACUCUCACAUUCAUGGCAUCCACCUACCUACAAGUGCUGCUCAUGAUUGUCCCUCCUCCUUUCGAUUUUUCAUAUUCAAGGGUUUACGCAAACUCAAGUUUAAGCGUUUACAGGUAUUCCGUCUAUGUUUGGUAUGGGUUGCUGGCCAUAGUCGUUGUAAUACACACUAUUCGGUUUCUUAUUUGGGUGGCCAAGUGGUUGCGGCGCAUGUACUUGAGGUCAAAAUCAUGUCUCAAGAACACGAUCACUACUGGCUCCUUUUCAUGUAACGAUCCAAUGCGUUUUGAAGAGAUUGAUUCGCCUGAGGUUGUGUAAUAAGUCUUUCAAUUUCAUCUAGAUUCUAUUGGAUUUGCAUUA